CGUCUGUACUGCUUGAUGCGGGAAACUGACUCAAGUUACUUUUCAAUGUUCACUAAAAUUAUCGUUUGCAAUCUUUGACUUGUUUGAAGUAGUGAGCCGUGUAAAGGAUUCUGUUGCUCUUAUGGUCAGCAGGUUAUCCCCCUCCACCUAGAAUGAGUUUCUUUGGAUUUGGCCAGUCGGCGGAGAUAAAUGUAGAACUAUCCGAUGCCGAGAAGCGCAAACAGGUAGAUGUUCGCAAUGAAGAGGGCAAGAAAGAAAAGCUGUUUCUUUACUAUGAUGGAGAGACGGUGUCCGGGAAGGUACAUGUUCUACUGAAGCCUGGAAAGAAGCUAGAUCAUAUGGGUAUUCGCGUGGAGUUCAUCGGCCAGAUCGAGCUAUUCUAUGAUCGUGGCAACCACCAUGAAUUCACAUCGGUGGUCAAGGAAUUAGCUGGUCCCGGAGAGCUGGCCAAGAAUUGUGUGUACCCAUUUGAGUUCCUGCACGUAGAAAAGCCACACGAAUCAUACACUGGUGCCAAUGUGCAGCUUAGGUACUUCAUUCGCGUGACGGUUGUCAAGCGGUUAUCAGACAUUGUCAAGGAGAUGGAUGUAGCAGUACAUACACUGUCAUCUUUCCCAGAAAUCAACAACAGUAUCAAAAUGGAAGUUGGUAUUGAAGAUUGCCUCCACAUUGAAUUUGAAUACAACAAGUCGAAGUAUCACCUACGAGAUGUCAUUGUUGGCAAGAUCUACUUCCUCCUUGUGCGGAUCAAGAUCAAGCACAUGGAGCUGGCAAUUAUUAAGAGAGAAACAACUGGCUCCGGACCAGCAAACACCUACAACGAGAAUGAAACGAUCGCCAAGUAUGAAAUUAUGGAUGGUGCACCUGUUCGAGGCGAGUCGAUUCCAAUCCGCUUGUUCCUCUCCGGUUAUGACCUGACGCCGACAAUGCGAGAGGUGUGUCGGAAGUUCAGCACACGCUACUAUCUCAACCUUGUGCUGGUAGAUGAAGAGGAACGGCGGUAUUUCAAGCAGCAGGAGAUUACGCUGUGGCGCAAGGGAGAUCUACGGUCAAUUCGUAAGGAGCGACGGGAGCUUGCCGCCCUGCAGAGCAAAGAUCGACCUGCCCCUGACACUCCAUCUGAAAAGAUGGCCAGAGAUGAUGCUGCUGAGCAGAAAGAGAAAGAGGAAGCAGCAACAGCAGCGGGAGCAGGAGACGACGACUUGUAAGAUGUGAUCCUGUGUUCUCGUUCAGAUUUUGUUUGUUGUUGUAGUUGUUGUUCUCACUCGUUUCCUCUCAUCCUCCUGCUCAUCUUUUCCUCAGUCCUAUCGUCCUUGUGUGGAGUGUCAUUGUCCUCUUUACUCUGUGUAUGUUUUGAAAGAUUAUCCAUCUAUCCUUGUUUAAUUUCCCCAUCCCUUCCCUUCGUUUUGUAAGUUUCACCAGCUUCAACCACAGCAUUCUUUUUUAAGUUUUUUUCUUCGCUUUUUGCAGCCUGUCGAGCAUAAUUGAUCCAUAUAUUACAUAAAAUUGAAAUAUUCUGUUCGCAAAUGAAAAUAGUCCUUACGCAUGCCAAGAUUUCAUGAGCCAGUAUAGGCAAAUAGGAAAACAUACUUUAUUCUGUA